UAGUUAGAGUCUAAGCUGGUGGCGCGGAGCAUCACGGGAUGUGGCGGGAGCCGCAGACCCUUCAGGCGGAAGCUAUGGAGGGACGGGAAGAGGAGCAGAAGGAGGAGGAGGAAAAGGCUGAGAAGAUUGCCUUAUGGUUGAAGAAGAUUUUUGGUGAUCAGCCCAUUCCAAAAUAUGAAGUGAAUCCACGGACCACAGAUAUCUUGUAUCACCUUUCAGAAUGUAACAAAACACGGGACAGGGAUGUCUCCUUGGUAAUAGAAGACUUGAAACAGAAGGCAAGAGACUAUGAAUCAGAAGCCAAAUAUCUCCAAGAUCUUCUCAUGGAAAGUGUCAAUCUGUCUUUCACCAGUCUCUCUAGUAUUGGAAGCAGCUAUCUUAAUGCUUUAGUUGACAGUGCAUUGGUGCUGGAAACAAAGGAUACUUCUUUAGCUAGUUUUAUUCCUGCAGUGAAUAGCUUGGCCGCUGAUCUUUUUCGCACCAAAGCCAGAAAUGAAGAAAUGGAGGUUGAAUUGAACAAAUUGGGAAAAAAUUUAACUGCAACUCUAAUACUAGAAAAAUGUCUACGAGAGGACCUCAAGAAAGCAGAGCUGCAUCUUUCCGUGGAAAAAGCCAGAGUUGACAGUCGUAUUUCAAAUAUAGAUUUUCUAAAAGCCAAAUCUGAUGAUCUCAGAUUAAGAAUCAAAGCUGCAGAGGAGCAACUUUCAGCUCGAGGAAUGGAUGAUUCUCUGUCUCAUCAGUCAUUAAUGGCACUUUCAGAGAGGUGCAAGACUAUGGAAACAUUGUAUUUACUGUCAGACUCCAUGGAAAUGUUGAGACUGGCUGAACUAAAACAACAGACUGCACCUUUGAAGAAGAAAUUGGAAUCCUAUUUAGACUUAAUGCCGAAUCCUUCUCUUGCUCAAGUCAAAAUUGAAGAAGCAAAACGAGAAUUGAAUUCCAUGGAUGCUGAACUCACAAAGAAGGUGGACAUGAUGGAAUUGUUACCAGAUCAAAGAUUACACCACUUUGGAAAUACAAAGGACUUACAUACCUUCCAGAACUAGUUCUGAAAACAGCAUCAUGGAAAAAUCUGAAGCCUGGGACAAUACCUCCCCACCCCAAGUGAGUAGAAACCAACUUUAAUAUAAAGUUCAAAGUUAAGAAAUAGGGUAGGAAAAAAGUAGCCAGUAACAAUAGCAGCAAUCACAAAAGAGUUGACCAUGAAAAGCUCCUACAGUGGCAGGGAAGAGUAGAACAUAAACCCAGAAGAAGACAAUGUGAAGACAGCUGCCAAAAAAACCUCAAAGAAAAAUGUUAAUUGGACCCAAACCCAACAAGAAUUUCUGAAAACCUUAAAGGGAUAACAGAGGUAAUAGAAGAUAAUAGAAAAGGAAAUUAGAGUAAUGCAAGAAAAUUAUGAAAAAAGAAUUAAGUUGGUAAUAGAGGGAUAUGCAUACAAACAUACACAUACACACUCACACAUCCCUGAAGAAAAUAACACCUUAAAAAAAAUUGGCUUCAUGGAGAAAGAGGCACAAAAAUCCACUGAAAGCAAGUCUUUAAAAAUGAUAAUUGGCUAAAUGGAAAAAGAAGUACAAAAUCCCAUUGAAGAAGAUAAUUUCUUUUUUCUUUUUUAAAUAGUAUUAAGUGUCUACUAAGUAGACACUUAAUACAUGUUUAUUUCUUUUUUCUUUUUUUUUUUUGCUAAGGCAGUUGGGGUUAAAUGACUUGCCCAGGGUCACAUGGCUAGGAAGUGUUAAGUGUCUGAGACUAGAUUUGAAUUCAAGUCCUCCUGACUUUAGGGCUGGUACUCCAUCCACUGUAACACCCAGCUGCCCCCAAAAGAUAAUUUCUUAAAAUUUUUUCUUAGGCAUUUGGAAGCUAAUAAUUCCAGGAGACAUCAAAAACAGUCAAAAGAAUGAAAAAAAAAAAUAGAAGAUACUGUUAAAUACUUUAUUUAAAAACAUAAUUAGAAAAAUUACUAGGGGUAGCUAGGUAGCGCAGUGGAUAGAGCACCAGCCCUGAAGUCAGGAGGAUCAGAGUUCAAAUCUGGCCUCAGAUACUUAAUACUUCCUAACUGUGUGACCCUGGGCAAGUCUCUUAAUUCUAAUUGCCUCAGCAAAAAAAAAAAAAAAAAAAAAAAGAAAAGAAAAGAAAAAUGACUGACCUGGGAUUAAGGAGAAGCAAUUUAAAAUUAUUAGAUACCUGAAAGCCAUGAUCAAAAAAGAACCUAGACACAUCUCAAAAAAUUUUCAAAGAAAAUUGUCCCAAUGUCCUAGAUCCAGAAGGUAAAAGAGAAAUUAAAAUAAUCCACCAAUCACCUCCUGAAAGAGAUCCUAAAAUAAAAACUCCCAGGAAUAUUAUUUUAGCUAAAUUCCAAAGGUACCAGGUCAAAGAGAAAAUA